GUUUCCAUAGUCUAUACCCGCCGGCGCCACAAAAUUUUGUGACAUUAAAGCCUCCGUUUCCAAUAAAAAAAUAUAUCUGACAACGAAAUAGGGCCACGCUAUAUAUUUUACCAGGUUAUGGUUAAAAAUUUAAAAUAACUUAUAGGAUUCUUGUGUAUUUUUAUACACUUCUAACUAGCAAUUUCACCUUUUAAUAAGUAAAACCAAAACCAAAAUGGCUUCAAACGAAGGCCGUGUUCAAUCUAACUUGCAUCAGCAGGAUCUAUCUAAAUUGGAUGUCACAAAAUUGUCGGCAUUGUCUCCUGAAGUUAUAUCAAGACAGGCUACCAUCAACAUUGGAACAAUUGGGCAUGUAGCUCAUGGGAAGUCAACUGUUGUGAAAGCUAUAUCAGGAGUACAAACCGUCAGAUUUAAGAAUGAGCUUGAAAGAAACAUUACUAUUAAAUUGGAGCGUGUAUCUGACUCACUCAUAAGAAUGUUUUGUGAAAGAAGUGAAGAAAUAGCUGAAGAUAUAUUUCAAGGAAAAAUAACUAAAAGAAAACAGAAUCAGCCUACACUGCCUGAGCCCGAAGAACCCCCUGCAAAGAAAAGAAAAAAGAAAACUCAAGAGUUAGAAGAGUUUAACAUUGAAAAUAUACUUGAUUUUAAGUUUGAAAAUGGUGUAGAAUACUUCUUUAUAAAAUGGAGAGGCUGGCCAGAUAGCGAUAAUACUUGGGAACCAAUUGAGAACUUAGAUAAAUGUCAUGAUAUUCUACGGUCAUUUUUAUUUCAUCAAGAAGAAAAACAUUGUAAGUCAUUUGAAAAACUUAAAGGUGAAUUGUCAUUUGACAACUUACUCAGUGAAGAGAAUCUUGUUAAAAGAUUAGUUGAUUUUGAAGAAUUUCCCUUGUUAACUUUAAAAGAUAAACUUUUAUUAAAACUAUUAAGCCUGACAACCCUCACUCUAAAAGAAGAAUGCCAUGUAGCUAACUUAGUGCAAGAAACACGAGAUAUCUUACAAAUGUAUGUUUCUGCUAGAAAAAGAUGUAGACAACUUAUGGGUUUAAAGCAAUGGGAGGAGUUUUUGAAUCAAGUGGAUAAAUGUAAGAGGUUAGUUGUUGAAAAUGAAUUUGAUUUGUGUGGCCCUCCAGAGAAUUUUACAUACAUCAAUGAAUGUAUUCCAGGGGUGGGAGUCGUUAUACCAACAGAACCACCCAUCGGUUGUGAUUGUACUGCAUGCAAUUGUCGAUCAAAAGCCUGCUGUGGAAUGCAAGCUGGUCUAUUUGCAUAUACAAUCAAGAAGAGGCUAAGAGUGGCAUCUGGCACGCCAAUCUUUGAGUGUAACAAAGCAUGUAAAUGUUCAGAUAAUUGUAACAAUCGUGUAGUUCAGAAAGGUAGAAACAUAAAGCUCACAAUAUUCAGGACAAAUAAUGGCUGUGGGUGGGGAGUUAAAACUUGUCAAAAAAUUUAUCAAGGUCAGUUUAUCUGUCAAUAUGUCGGUGAAGUCAUUACUUUUGAAGAAGCAGAAAAGCGUGGAAGGGAGUAUGACGCCAAUGGCCUUACCUAUCUGUUUGAUUUGGACUUUAACUCUGCUGAGAAUCCGUAUACCAUUGAUGCAUGCAAUCUCGGUAAUGUAUCACAUUUUAUAAAUCACUCUUGUGAGCCAAAUCUUGGAGUGUGGGCAGUGUGGGCAGAUUGUCUCGAUCCAAAUUUACCCAUGUUAGCAUUAUUUGCAACAAGAAACAUUGAAGCUGGGGAAGAAAUUUGCUUUGACUAUCUGCAUAGGACUAAUGAAGAAGAACCGGCAUCACCACAUAAAGUACCACAAGAAGUAAGCGAUCCAGACACAAAUCUGCCGUCUCCUUCAGAAGGCAACACGGCCAGUUCUCCAGUAUCGCCGGUAAAAUUGAGAUAUGAAGCACAUCAAGAAAAUAAGAGUUUGAGAAAACAAACAGAGUGUAAAUGUGGAGCUGUUAAGUGUAGAAAGUAUAUAUUUUAAGAGAAGACCACAAAAAUCAUGACUCAAAGUGAAUACUGUCUAACCUAAGUUUUAAUAUUGGUUAUGAAUAGUAUUAUAAAAAGUAUUUUUUAUUAACGAUUUUGUUUUUAAACAUAAGUUUAUCUAAAAUUAUAUUUGUAUUUAGUUGCAUGAACAAAUGCUUAUUGGGUUAAAAAUUUAUUUAUCUUAAAUUGAUAGUGAUGUCAUAAGUUUUGGUCUUCUAGUUUGACAAAGUUUAGAAAGCGAAUAUUAUAUUAACUUAUAAUUAAGGAACUUAUUAUGUUUAUGCUAUAUCACAUAAGAUUGUUCUCCACUCGAAAUAAGCCUAAAAUAUUGUAAGUUAGUUUGUAAGAUUUUAUCUGGUUAUAUGUAUUUUUGUUACAUUUACAUUGUUUUUACACUUACAAAUAUGAAUUAGUAUGACUAUACCAUAGUUCUGUAAAUUUGGGCAUAUGUAAUGAACAUAUCGGCUGCGCACUAUUGGAGUUCAGCGAUAGACUCGAUUCAGAAUGUGUUUCUCAUUGUAAUACAAUUCCGUACAAGUGCCUUUUUAUGUAAUGUAUAAUGCGAACUAUAGCAGUAUAGUUUUAUAUAUUUUUUAAUAAAUUUAGAUUUAUUUUACUUG